AAGGUCACAGAGGUCGUGAGAGGUCAUCUGUGGAGCUAUUCAGCCAAUCAGCAGCAGAGUCGGGCAUCAUGUGACCGUCACAGCCAAUGACAGUGAAGGACGAAGGGUGAACGACCUCUUCUGAUUCUGGACGCCAUUGUUUGUUAUCGUAUCAUUAUUACAGCAGUGAAAAUCCAGGCUAAUCCUUGCUACAGAACUGAUAUGAAAUAAAUGAUCAGGACCCUGCCAAGACAAGCAAAAUGAGUGUGAGUAGGAUAAAUCAGAUCUGUUGCAGGAAACUAUUUACACUACAGAAGGCAUCAAAACAUUUAGUUGUCCUAACCCAGUACUGCAGGGAAGUUCAUACUGACCCUCGCAGACAUCAGCACACCCAGGCUUCAUCGUUUGAAGGGGCAACAAGAGAGUUUGACUUUCCAUUUGCCAGAGCUAGAUUAGGUACUUUUGUACAAGAGGCUCCUGUACUUGGGAACCAAUACCUUGAAGAUGCCACACUCCAGUCUUAUUUAAAGAGGCAUGUACCUGAGCAUGUACUGGGAGAGAUAGAGCCAGACUUGGUGAAGUUUGGUAAGAAAGUGGCAACAGAAAUGUAUGAUCUAAGUUUACAGUGUGAAAAAGAACAGCCAUAUGUAGAAAAGUUCACAGGUUGGGGAAACCUAGUGGAUAAGCUUGUUACAGGGCCGGCAUGGAAGAGAAUGCAUGAUAUCUCUGCUGAGGAAGGUCUUAUUGCUAUAUCAUAUGAAAGGAAAUAUAGAGAGUACAGUCGUUUAUAUGGUUUAGUGAAGAACUACCUGAAUGCUCCAAGUUCUGGACUUUAUUCAUGUCCUCUUGCAAUGACAGACGGGGCCGCUAAAAUAAUUGAGGGUCUGCAGGAUGUUGCACCAUGGUUAAUGGACAAAGCUUAUCCUAGAUUAACUAGCAGAGAUCCUGCUUUGUUCUGGACGUCAGGCCAGUGGAUGACAGAAAAACGUGGUGGCUCUGAUGUGGCAAAUGGUACAGAAACAGUAGCAGUUGAACAGCGUGAUGGUACAUACAGACUGUAUGGUUACAAAUGGUUCUCCUCGGCAACUGAUGCUGAUAUUACAUUCACUCUAGCUAGAGUUGUAGAUAGACAGGGAAAUACCAUUCAGGGAACAAAGGGUUUAUCAUUGUUUUACAUGGAAGUUCAUAACGAGGAUGGUUCACUGAAUAACAUGGAGAUUAUCAGGUUGAAGAAUAAACUAGGAACUAGACAGCUGCCUACAGCGGAAUUGCUCCUUGAUGGAUGCACAGCUUUCAAGGUAUCUGAUAAAGGGAGAGGUGUUCCAGCCAUCAGCAACAUGCUCAAACUUACCAGAAUACAUAACUCUAUAGCAGCUGCUGCCACAAUGAGACGAAUGGUGAACAUGUCAAGGGACUAUAGUACAAGAAGAUCAGCAUUUGGUAACCUGUUGAAAACAUACCCACUUCAUCUACAGACACUUGCUAGAAUGGAGGUUGAAGUUAGAGGAGCAGUCAUACUAUGUCUAGAGAACAUGAGGCUACUUGGUAAAGAGGAUGUUAGUAAAGCAACAGAAGAUGAGCAGAAUUUACUCAGGCUGCUGGUACCACUGUCGAAGCUUUACAGCGGGAAACAGGCAUUACAAGUAGGUACUGAGGGCUUAGAGAGUUUUGGAGGUCAAGGUUACAUAGAAGAUACAGGUAUUCCUGCGAUGCUUAGAGAUGCACAAGUGCUUUCAAUCUGGGAAGGAACUACAAACAUUCUGUCACUGGAUGUUCUCCGUGCGAUUGCAAAAUCUAAAGGUCAAGUGCUUUCAUCGUUCAGCAAGGAUAUCAAUGCUCGAAUGUCAGAAGUCAGAAACGAACACCUUGCAGCAUCAGCAUCUAGAGUUACUGAUGCCUGUGAAGACAUAAUGAAGUUUAUACAGGACAAUACCACAAAACAGAAUGUUCUGGAAAUGGCUGCAAGAGACCUUGCAUUCAGUCUAUGCAGAACUUACACUGGAGCUCUUCUUAUCGACCAUGCUUGUAGUGAAGUUGGUUCUGCCAAGGAUGUUUAUGUUGCUCAAAGAUGGUGUGAAAAGGAAUUAGCAUUGGUGAAAACUAACGCAAAACUUGGACAGUAUAGUGAAGAUUCAACAAAGAAUGAUUUUGAUCUUGUGUUUGAGUGUUACCACGACAAGGAUAGACUGUAGAAGUACAGGAUGGAUAGUAGAAAUAUGUGUUCUGUAUUUAAUUAUGCCAGAUUGACUGUGAUCACUUUUAAUAUAGGCCUGUGAUGAUUAUAAUUGUGCUAGCAAAAUAGUGAGCAAUUUUUUUUCAUUUCAUGUAAAUCUUUCCAACAUUUAUCUACCAUUGUCUAUGGUUUCAUUUAAAAGCAAUCCAUUUUAGCUUGUCAAUACGAAGUAUGUGGAGAGCUAUCCUACUUGCCCCAGCGUCUGCAGCAGCGUCCUUCUGCACCGGCACCUUGGUUAAAGUUUUGAUGCACUUUCUCUUUUUUCUCUCUUUAAUUACUUGAUGGGUUUGUUUCAAACUUCUAAUAGUAUUCCUCAUCAUCUGACACAAGGGCCAUAACUCUCCCACUUCUAUUUUAUUAAUCAUUUCCCCAUUUACUUUACUUAGAAUUUCAGGUGUAAGUUUUGAUGCUCUUUCACUCUAUCUCAGUAGUUACUGAAUGGAUUUAAUUCAGACUUAAAACAGUUGUUCCACAUCAUCACCCACAUCAUAUAACACGGGUCCAUAACUUUGGCACCAAUUUUCAUGAAUUAUGCUCCCAUUUUACUUAGAAUUUUAGGUAAAUUUUGAUGCAUUAUCACUAUAUCUGUUAAUAUAGAUUCUGAAGAGAUGUGAUUCAAACUGCUAAUUUGUCAGCCGGUCAGUACCUACAAACCAGAUUGCCUACAGGUCACAUUAAUGACCCAGUUUAGUUCAUAAUUACACUCAACAAUCCUUGUGGCAAGAUCUACAAACUGAUCUAAUAUAGUAUAUAUAAAUGACUUUGACCCCCCUAUGAAUUUCUUCUUCAAACUUAACACCUUCAUUAACAACAUUUUUGGUCGUACAGCCCACAUAAAUGACCCAAUUUAGUUCAUACUCACAUUCAACAAACCCUGGUAAGGCUUACAAACUGACCUAUUUAUAGGUGACAUUGACCUUAUUUUGAUCUUCACCUUAAAUUUUUUAAACCUAGAAGCAACACUGUUUGUCAUACACCUUUGGCAUGACUUUGUGUUUUGAAAAGACAGCUCCUUGUUAUAUAUAACCUAAAUUACAUAAAGGCAACAAGAAACACAUUUUCUGGAGAAAACAGUUGAAAGCUUUCUGAUUUAAUGAAAUUUUGCCAAUGCUGUCAAUGUGGUUAUAUUUAUAUGUGAUAAUAUUGUGGGUAAACAAAUGUAAUGUGAUUACAUUGUGAUUAUCAUGGGAUUACAUUGUGAUUAUCAUGGGAUUACAUUGUGAUUACAGGGUGAUUAUAAUGGGAUUACAUUGGGAUUAUAAUGUGAUCAUAGUGUGAUUAUGUUGGGAUUAUCAUGUGAUUGUAUUGUGAUAAUUAUGUGAUUACAUUGUGAUUAUCAUGGGAUUACAUUGUGCUUACAGGGUGAUUAUAAUGUGACUAUAUUGCAAUUAUAACAAUUCAAAAAAGUACUACUAGAAAAUGUAUGCCAAGUUUUGCAUAUAUAAAUAUAUUACUCAGGAAUUCUGUAUUUAAUUGCAAACCAGAAGUAUUUGAAUUAAUAAUAUAUUAUGAUUUUAAAAACUGUUAACACAAACAUGAUUAUGCACAUUUUAAUGUGUAGUUCUGGUCAAAAGUGUAUAGCAUGAUAUGCAAAAACAAUCAACGCUGUAUUAUUUAUUCAUUGUUAUUUACACAGUUUUGAUAAUACAAUAAGAGCAUAAAUAAUC